UCUUCGCUCAUCUUUGCAUCACAAGUGGCUUGGCGCCUCCGACCUCCCCCAGACCGGAGUGCGGAGCAAGUUCCGGACAACCCUCCGGCAACACCAACGCAACGCACAACAUCCCACCGAGCAAGACAGAUUGCUGUAAAUCAACAGGUUAUGCGGUCCGAAAGCUCUACCGCCGGGAGCCGACGAGUGGCCUGUCAAAUUACAGACCGUGUUUCCAUCGGGAAGGUUUGUCCGCGGGGAUAUUUUUCAUGACUAAGGCGUUUUGUCUAUGGGCAUCAACCCCCGAGAAGCCGGAGGCCUGGGAGGCGAAUAGGAUGAAUAGGAAAGAGAUUACUUGAACUCGGUGCCCCAAUUGAUGAGGUUCCAGUUAGUCUGGUUCAUCCGUUGCUCAUAUUCUUUGAAAAAGCGGACACUUCAACUUGUCAUCGAUUGCUCAGAGCCUGACCACUUUGUGAAGAAGCACGGUAGAGGGAAACCACGAUCAAGUUAGAGCCAGCAACAUGACGUCUGAAGCCAUUAUAGUCGAGGACAUUCCGGUCAGCAGCUGUAUAAACAAGAGAUUGGUUGAUGAUGGCAACGAUUCCAAGAUGGGCGGAAACGCUUGCAAGCGCAGCAAACACGGCCAGGAAAAGAUGGAAACGGUAGCCGGGCUUACGACUCCUCCAUUCUCUUCAGCAGAGAUCAUCAAGCAGGGAGAAAGGUCUCUGGCAGCCUCGCUAUUCUCCCCGAAGGUCACGACCAAGAUCUGGGGCGUGGCACAGCAAAGCUUCUCUUUGUCUUCGCCACCGACCUUAUUCCCGGAGUAUACCAAACCAGGCGGCACCCAGUACGUCUAUCGCGAACUCGACUUUUGGACCUCGGGUUUCUUCCCUGGUUGUCUCUACCUCCUCGUCGAGCGAAGACGUAAGCACCCACACCUCCUAAAACGGCUGGGGUGGUCAGCAGAGGAGGAGCCUCACUUACUACAUCUCGAGUUUGCUUGUAAGUGGUGGACAGAAACCCUCCACCCCAACGCAGAGCUCAAGACGACGCAUGAUCUGGGCUUCAUGAUCUUUCCUUGGGCACGAACCGCAUGGGAACUCUCAAAUGACCGCAGAUCCUUCGAGACGGCCAUAACGGCGGCGAGGUCACUGUAUAGCCGGUACGACGCCGUCGUGGGAUCCAUUCGGUCGUGGGACGUCUGCGUAACGAAGCGAUACAAGUUUCUGGAACCGAGUAAAGACUUUCUCGUGAUCAUUGACAACAUGAUGAACCUCGACGUGAUCUUCUGGGCAGCUUCCCAGCUGGGAGACGAAGACAUGUGGAACGCGGCUGUCAAGCACGCCGAAACGACACGAGAGCACCACAUUCGUCCCGACUCUUCCACCUUUCACGUCGUCAACUUUGACCAGGCGACUGGUGUGCCAAAGGAAAAGAUUACUAAUCAGGGAUACUCCGAUACGUCCUCAUGGUCGAGGGGGCAGGCGUGGGCCAUCGCCGGAUUCGCGCAGACGUACGGCUGGACACGGGACCAAUCUUUCCUCGAUACAGCCAUCUCGUGUGCGGACUACUUUCUCGAACAGCUCCCUUCGAGCGGGAUUCCGCCGUGGGACUUCGCUGCGCCGAAAGACGUUGCACAGCCUCCGGAUGUUAGCGCAGCCAUGAUUGCGGCGUAUGGCAUGCUGCUCCUGCACGAGGCUCUGACGGCGCUUGGAAGGUCGUCGACGUACCUGAGAAGUUCCAUCGCCCUAAUUCGCGCUACCUGUAACAACCAUCUCAACGGUGGCGGGAGCUAUCUGAAGUCCCAAAGGUCGAUCGAUACUGUGGAGCACGGCACAGUGGUUGAAGAAGUAGGUUGGGAGGUGGACAUGGAGGCCGAGCCGGAGACCAUAUUGAACGGGGCAACGAUCAAUAACUACGAGUUCGCGCCGCGAAGGUGGGCGAAUCACGGACUGGUGUACGCUGACUACUUCUUCCUGCUAGUAGGGAACAAGCUUCUGGAUAUGGGCGUCGGAGAGUUGUUUGACGACAAUCAGUCUUGAGCACUUGAACACGGA